AUGAGAAUUGAUUAUGCACAAUUUGGCGAUGUUGUUAGUUUCGACACCACAUUUUGCACAAACAAAGAGUAUAGGUCAUUUGGGAUAUUUGUUGGGUUUAAUCAUCACAGAGGAGCCAUUAUAUUUGGGGCUGCACUUUUAUAUGAUGAGACAGCUGAAUCUUUCAAGUGGUUAUUUGAGGCAUUUACGGAAGCACAUGGGCAGAAGAAGCCUAUCACCAUCUUCAAGGAUCAAGAUGCUGCUAUGGCAAAGGCAUUAACUGAGGUGGGGCCUGAGACAUGGCAUGGGCUGUGUACUUGGCACAUAAUGCAAAAUGGCAUUAAGCAUCUCGGUAAUUUGAUGAAGGAUGGCUCGCACUUUCUUGGAGAUUUGAAAAAAUGUAUAUUUCAAUAUGAUGAGGAAAUACAGUUUGAGGAUGAAUGGCAAAAAUUGCUUAAGAAUUAUGGAGUGGAGAAUAAUUCAUGGUUGCAACGUAUAUAUGGCUUAAAAUAUAAAUGGGCAAAGUGCUAUAUGAAAAAUACCUUCACAUUAGGUAUGCGGAGUACACAGCUUAGUGAGAGUUUGAACAGUGAUAUGAAGGAUUAUUUAAAAUCCACUUUGGACAUUGUGCAAUUUUUUAAGCAUUUUGAACGGGUUGUGGAUGCUAAGCGAGCCAACGAGUUAAAAGCUGAGUUUGAUUCAAGAAACAAGCUUCCAAGGAGAGUGAACUUGGUGUCACCCAUCAUAAAACAAGCUGCGGAAGUCUAUACUCCUUUGACUUUUGAACUCUUUCAAGAGCAGAUGGAUUGGGUUAGUGCUUGCCUCAUCAAAAACAAGAAUGAAAGUAAUCUCAUGUCUGAAUUUUUGGUUGGUCUUGUGGAAUCAAAAUGUGAGUACAAAGUAUGUUGUAACCCAUCUGAGCUUAGGAUUAAUUGUAGUUGCAAGAAAUAUGAGACAUUUGGGAUUCUUUGUUGUCAUUGUUUGAAAGUUUUGGAUGUGCUAGAUAUCAAGUGUAUACCUCUAGCUUAUAUUUUGAAGAGAUGGACACGGGGAGCAAGAAGCUUGGUAGUGAUAGACAAUGAGGGAAAACAGGUUGAAGAAGAUAGUAACUUAGAUAGUUCACAACAAUAUAGGCGUAUAAUGCCUGAACUUGUUAAAAUGGCAUCACAAGCUUCAAAUUCAGCCGAGAGUUAUGCUUUGGUAAUGCAGGUUACAAAAGAGUUACGUAUACAGCUUGAUUGUAUCACAACAUCUAAUGGCCCACAAGUGGUUGUCCCUGAUGAGAUCCCUAUGUUUGCAGUAGGGCUGAAGAAGAAAGAAAAAUGUUCAAGUGGUAGACGGAAGAAGAGCAGGAUAGAAAAACAAGGGAAAAAAAAAGAAAAGAAUUGA